CCCCGACCUAGUUCGGAACCACCAUGGACAGCUGGCCAGCUGCCACCCUGCGCUGGCAUGGUGAAUUGGCCCCCUAGUAGCUCUGCACGGUUGGGGCGCUUGCAGGCAAGUGCUUUGUGGAGGCAACCAAAGUGCCUGGCUCCUCUACAAUUCUGCGGACGCAAUGGCGGAAGCUGCAAAGGACGACCCCGCCCUCGCAGCUGCGCAUGAUUACGAGGCGAACCGCGCGGCAUUGCACGCCGGAGACGCCACGAAGACGUCGCACGAUCCGUCUGCUCCUGUCUUGGAGAGUGAGCCCGUAAUAGACCCCCCCGUGACCGAGGGGAAUCAUCAUCAUGAGGCAGUGUUGGUUGGGGAUGAAGAGGAGGGGGGUCCUCGGAGCCCCUGCGGGAACUGCGGGCUGGAUGCGUGUCCGACGAUCCCGUUUGAGAGCAUUGCGAAGCUGUCAGUGUGGUUCUUGCUCAUGGGGAUGAGCCUGCUGCUCAUGGGGGUCGUGGCCCUGGCGGCGCCCAGCCUGCUCAAGAUGGCCGUCGAAUACCUCCUCGGCGCGACCCUCACCUUUUCCGCUCUCUUCGCCAUCAUCCACGGAGUCUACACCUUCGACGCCCAGGGCAGUUCCGUCUCCAUCCUUUACGCCGUCGUCUACCUGCUCCUCGGACUUUUCCUCAUCGCUCUAGUUGUCUCAGGCCUCUCGGAAGUGCUCCAGAUCUGCCUCGCCGCGUGGCUGGUCAUUGGGGGCAUCUCCAAGCUCAUCCUCGCGGCGCAGCUGCGGCACAUGGCGGCGUCGCCCAUCGUGCUGAUCAGCGGGAUUGUGUCGCUCUCGUUCUUCCAGGUGGCGGUCACCCGGUGGCACCACGACACGCGCGACCGCGACAAGGUGUUUGGCAUCAUCAUCGGCGCAGAGCUUCUGUCCAACGGCGUCGCCAGCUCGUGCGUCGCGCUCACUGCGCUCUGCUCCACGCGCGUGCACCACAAUCUUGGCACCGACCCUCGGAGAGGAAGCGAAGAGGAUCUCCACCGGCCCAUCUUGCAUUGACAGUGAGGCCUUAGUUGCGUGAGACAUGCUGAAUCAGCCAGUGGGCUGGUUGCGUGUGCGUUAUAUAGAAGACGCCAGAUCGUCCAAAUGGGAGGAGGAUCUGGAACAUGGGGCCAGUGUCGCAAACGGCAACUGUUUCUCGCUUCUUGAUUGGUCUGGAAUUGCGACAAGUUUACAGUCAUCUCAAACAGAAUGGCUACAGGUACUGAGAUAGGUAUGAAGCCAAAGUAAUUACCAUGUGUAUAGCAUGUAGUUCUUGCAGCACGCUAGCAGUGUAUGCCACACGCAAGGAUUCUUGUGAUGUGUUCGAGCACUCAAGUUCGUUGACGACGUCAUUAGCUUGAGUCGGCAAGCUGACAUUCAUUUUACCUUGUAACUUCGCGUCGGGUGCUUCUUUCUGCGACCGUCAAUAAUUCUGUGCCAUUGCGUUCAAUGCACC